CCUCCACACAUUUUCCCCCCCUCUUGUCCUCCAUACCAUAAACAAGAAAAGGAAAAGAUAAGCCAUUCACAAAAAAAGCUAUAGAGACCCAAAAAAAAAAACCCACAUAGCCAGAACUCAGUCUUCUUCUCUCUUGAUCUCUGGUUAACACCAUGUCUUGCUCAAAUCUGACAAUGUGGGUGUCCUCAAAACCAUCUCUUUCCGACACCUCUUCACUCGCUUUUCGCUCUUCUCUCAACCCUUUUCAGCUUCCAAGUCAAAGUUCAGCCACCAGCAAUCCAUCAAGAUCCUCUGCUGCGACCCAAAUUCACUGCGGUCUCCGUGAGCUUCGGACUCGUAUAGAUUCAGUGAAGAACACACAGAAGAUCACUGAAGCAAUGAAGCUUGUUGCUGCUGCUAAAGUGAGGAGAGCACAAGAAGCUGUCGUCAAUGGUAGGCCUUUCUCUGAAACUCUUGUAGAAGUUCUUUACAAUAUUAAUGAACAACUCCAAACUGAGGACAUAGAUGCGCCUCUCACCAAAGUUAGGCCUGUCAAGAAAGUUGCUCUUGUUGUUUGCACUGGUGAUAGAGGUCUUUGUGGAGGUUUCAAUAAUGCUAUUAUCAAGAAAGCAGAAGCAAGAAUUGCAGAAUUGAAGGAUCUUGGCCUUAAUUAUACUGUUAUUAGUGUUGGAAAGAAGGGUAACUCUUAUUUUUUAAGGCGGCCUUAUAUUCCGGUCGAUAGGUUUCUUGAGGGCACCUCUCUUCCUACAGCUAAAGAAGCUCAGGCAAUUGCAGAUGAUGUCUUUUCACUCUUUGUUAGCGAAGAGGUUGAUAAAGUGGAGCUUUUAUACACAAAAUUUGUGUCACUGGUUAAGUCUGAUCCCGUUAUACACACCUUGCUUCCACUUUCACCAAAGGGAGAGAUAUGUGAUAUUAAUGGGAACUGUGUAGAUGCAGCUGAGGAUGAGUUCUUUAGGUUGACAACUAGAGAAGGGAAAUUGACUGUAGAGAGAGAUGUGGUUAGGACUCAAACAGCAGAUUUCUCACCAAUUUUGCAGUUUGAGCAGGACCCAGUUCAGAUUCUUGAUGCCUUGUUACCUCUAUACUUGAACAGCCAGAUUUUGAAGGCAUUGCAGGAAUCACUAGCCAGUGAGCUUGCUGCUAGAAUGAGUGCUAUGAGCAAUGCAACUGAUAAUGCAAGUGAAUUAAAGAAGAACCUUUCCAGAGUUUACAACAGGGAGCGCCAGGCAAAGAUUACAGGAGAGAUAUUGGAGAUUGUUGCAGGCGCCAAUGCAUUAGCAUAGUCAAUUGUGGUUGUUCUCUGCUCAACCCUUUCUUUCCCACAAUCCUGCUUCUUUCUGGAUAUAUUCAUGAGUUCCCUCUUAUUCAUUCAAAUGUGCUUGUUUUAAUAAGAGUUAUGAGAUAGGACAUUUUUUCCCUUAAAUUGCAGUUCUCAACUUGCUUAUAAAACUCUGUUACACAUUGAGAACUAAACUGUAUUUUGGAACAAGAGAACGUUCUGGUUAUCUUUGUACCUCAGCUUCCUUUUUCUUUUCGUUCCGCAAUUUUUAUAUAUACUACCUGUGUCAUCUGAA